UCGGGAGACGCCGCUCUCCGGAUCGGAAGUUGACGCGAACGCUUCCGGGUCUCGCGGCACGAUGUCUCGAGUCAUGUGAUACCAAGAUGGCGGCGCCGCGGUAGCAGUCUCUGGGUUGUGGCGUCCGGGGAGUCGCGACGGUUUCUGCCCUCGGGCCGUGGGGGCUGCUACGCCUGGAUGGUCCGUGCGGCGGCCCGUACCCCCGCACUGGGCACCUGUUCAGGGCUGAGGCUGUUGCCGUGGUGGUGGGUUCUGGGGAGUGCCGGUGACCUCUCUGCGGGUGCCCUGCGCCGGCUGUGGUCGCCCGAAGAGUAGAAGGGCAGCCGGCCUCCCGGUCUUCCCGACUCGCGGAGUUCCUCAAGCCUCCGAGAGCUCUGGAGGAGCCACAGCUCUGAGGGGCUGCGGGAGUUCGAGCCCGCGGGUAUGUGAUCGGCUGCCUCGUACCCCUGAGGGCGCAAAGAAGCCCGUAAGAACUUUGCUUCCUCCUCCAGAGGCCUGGCUCCCUCGCUUUGGCUACCCCCGCAUUCAUUCCCACUUCCUCUCAAUGUACUCACCAUAUAUCUGGAAAUAUGAUCAGCGCCCCUGACGUGGUGGCCUUCACCAAAGAGGACGAAUACGAGGAGGAACCUUACAAUGAGCCGGCCCUGCCCGAGGAGUACUCGGUGCCGCUCUUCCCCUUCGCCAGCCAAGGAGCCAGUCCAUGGUCCAAACUGUCCGGGGCCAAGUUCUCUCGGGACUUCAUCCUUAUUUCCGAGUUCUCUGAGCAGGUGGGACCCCAGCCCUUACUGACCAUCCCCAAUGACACCAAAGUUUUCGGUACUUUUGAUCUCAAUUACUUCUCUUUGCGGAUCAUGUCUGUGGAUUACCAGGCCUCCUUCGUGGGCCAUCCCCCUGGUUCUGCCUACCCCAAGCUGAACUUCGUGGAGGAUUCCAAGGUCGUGCUGGGAGACUCCAAGGAGGGGGCCUUUGCCUACGUGCACCACCUCACCCUGUACGACCUGGAGGCCCGUGGCUUCGUGAGGCCCUUUUGUAUGGCUUAUAUCUCAGCAGACCAGCACAAAAUCAUGCAGCAGUUCCAGGAGCUCUCAGCUGAAUUUUCCAAAGCUUCAGAGUGCUUGAAAACAGGCAACAGGAAGGCAUUUGCUGGGGAACUUGAAAAAAAACUGAAAGACCUGGAUUACACCAGGACAGUGCUGCACACCGAGACAGAGAUCCAGAAGAAAGCCAACGACAAAGGUUUUUACUCAUCUCAGGCCAUCGAGAAGGCCAAUGAGCUGGCCAGUGUGGAGAAGUCCAUCAUUGAACAUCAAGACCUGCUGAGGCAGAUCCGCUCGUACCCUCAUCGGAAGUUGAGGGGGUCCGAUUUGUGUCCUGGGGAGAUGGCGCACACCCAGGAUCCGCCCAGCCAGGCAGCCACUACCUCUGACCCCGAAGAGUCUGCUGACAGAGACCAUUACACUUGCAGACCCACCUACACCCCAAAACUCAUCAAAGCAAAGUCCACCAAGUGUUUUGACAAGAAGCUGAAGACCUUGGAAGAGCUCUGCGACACCGAGUACUUCACCCAGACCCUGGCCCAGCUCAGCCACAUUGAGCACAUUUUCAGAGGAGACCUGUGCUACCUCCUGACCAGUCAGAUCGACAGAGCACUCCUGAAGCAACAGCAUAUCACAAACUUCCUCUUUGAAGACUUGGUAGAGGUCGAUGACAGGGGGGAAGAGAAACAGGAGAGUGCACCCCCUAAGCCCAGUCACGACAGGCCGCCUUCCAGGUCUGUAGAAGAAUGUCCAGUUCCUCAAGUGUUAAUUAGCGUGGGCUCCUACAAGUCCAGUGUGGAGUCCGUGCUAAUCAAGAUGGAGCAGGAACUUGGGGAGGAGGGGUCCAGGGAAGUGGAGGUGACAGAGUCAAGCAGUUUUGACCCCCAGGAAAACUUGGACUACUUGGAUAUGGACAUGAAAGGAAGCAUCAGCAGUGGAGAGAGCAUUGAGGUUCUUGGCACGGAGAAGUCCACCUCUGUGCUGUCUAAGUCUGACAGCCAGGCCAGCCUCACGGUGCCCUUGAGCCCCCAGGUGGUCCGGAGCAAGGCUGUCAGCCACAGGACGAUCAGCGGGGACAGUAUUGAAGUCCUCAGCACCUGCCCCUCUGAGGCCCUCAUCCCCGACGACUUCAAGGCCAGUUACCCAAGUGCCAUUAAUGAAGAAGAGUCCUACGCAGAUGACGGUGGGGGAGCCAUCCACUUCCAGGCAGGCCUCAGCCCGCCGGAGCUGGGGGAGGCCGAGGAGGGCGGCUCGGGGGUCACCCCGUCACAGACAGACUCCUGCUGCAUUGGGAGGGAGGGUGGCACUCUGCGGGUGCCGCUCUCCACCCCAGGCCACACGCUCUCUGACGAGGACGGGGUCGUGAGUGUCCCCCCGCAGCGCUACCGGCAGAAGGACCAGGAGUUCCACAUAGACUUCUCGGUGGAAAAUGCCAAUGCCUCUUCCCGAGACAGCGGUUCCGAAGGCUUCCCUGCUUAUGAGCUGGACCCGAGCCACCUUCUGAUCAGCCGGGACGGCAGUAAGACCAGCCUGGAUGACCGCUCCGACGCCACCAGCUACGGGAGCAGCGUCAUCUCCUCCAGCUCCGACAGGACUCCCUCUUCUGUUCCUCCCACUGGCCCCUCUUCUGAGAGGCAUAAGAAGAGGGCGGGCCAGAACGCCUUAAGAUUCAUCCGCCAGUACCCCUUUGCCCACCCAGCCAUCUACUCCCUGCUCAGCGGGAGGACGCUCGUGAUCCUCGGGGAGGAGGAGGCCGCAGUCAGGAAGCUUGUGACCGCGCUGUCCAUCUUUGUCCCCAGCUAUAGCCUCCACGCCAAGCCCGUGAAGCACUGGGUGUCCUCUCCUUUGCACAUCACGGAUUUUCAGAAGUGGAAGCUUAUUGGUCUGCAGAGGUGGAGAAUCUAAAACACACGUCAGUUUAUCGACAUCACCUGGCUUAUCCAGGACCAGGUUCGGGAUGGCCUUGCCCUUUCCAGAGGCUUCUCCUGAGCUUCCUUCCUUAGAACGCGGUGGCAGGCAAAUGAGGUGCAUCCUUCACGUCAGUUCCACUCUCCUGGGCACCCAACUGCAGUGCUGUGUUGAGAAGGAUUCUGCGGCCCGGCGUGGCUGCACUGGGGAGCCAGCUGUGAUCAGUCACGAUGUCUCUGGGAUGCAGGCGGGGGUAGCGGCAGGUGGCAGCGUCCCUGGAAGGGGGCUGUGAGCUGCUCCUCCGCAGUGGGCACCUGGGCAGCGCCUUCCUCCCUCCUGGGAAAAUAGUAGUCAUUUGCCAGAUACUUACUGAGAGCCAUUACAGGCCAGCCGCUGUGCCUGGAGCCAGGAUACAGGUGCGUCAGCAGGGGGGCGUCGCGUGACAGGGCUGCCCUCGCUCCCGUCCCAGCGUCACCACCCCGUGGGCUGGCGCUCCCCCAGGCUGUUUCCAUUUGCACGAGGAAGACCUGCCUGGUGCUGGCAAGUGUCGGGGACCUAUCGUGUCUGACCUGCGCCUGCUCUGUGCAGGCGCUGCUCUGACGUCCUGGGGGGCAGUGGAGGGGGGCGCCGAUCGCCGUGUGGAAGGCAGGCCAGGUGGCCGGGGUGGAGCCGGGCCCUCGCCUCCAGACUUGGAGCCGUGGAGGGUCCCUCCAGGAAAGCGGGAGGCCCGUCAGCAGUGACAGCUGAGACCUUUCUAGGGAAUGUCUGGUGACUCGUCCCACGAAGCCCUCCCUCCCACACCCCUGAGCGCACAUAGGUGCUGGGAAUCGGGAGAUCUGCCCCCGGAGGGCCCUGCUCCGGCGGGCACCACGGUCGACGGGUCAGGGACCUUGCCCCCCAGGGCACGUGUCACUGGAGGGUCGGCCGAGGGGCCAGGAGGAGAGAGGGGACUGGAUUCGCUGCGGCUCACCCGAAGGCAUCCCGGGCGGUGAGCAGCGGACCCGGUGGGGCGGCGCCAUGAGGGGACGAGCCGUGGCCCCAGCUGUCGGGCGUGGAGGCUCCUGCCGCUACCCUGCGGAGCAGGGAAGGGCUGCCCCCGGGAUGCACGCAGAGCCCCGGCCCCGGGGGUGCCCAGAGCUGCAGGUGGCUAGUGAGACGGCCCCGCAGUCAGAUCCAGCACUGAGACGGAGAGGCAGGUGGAGGCCCACCUGAGGGUCAGCAUUUAAGGGUGCGAGCAGAGGGGUGCCUUUGUGUGUCUACGGGGCUCGGUCCCGGGUGCUGGAUCAGUCUGGGAUCCGAGAGCUGUGGCCUAGGACAGUCCCUUCCCCCUGCCCGGGCACUUGGACUGUGUGUAGGACUGUUCCUCAGGACUCUUACCCCAGAACCACCAGUGGCAUUGGCUCUGGAUUUUUCUUUUUCCACUGAAGUAGGCCCUCUGCCUGGAAAUGCUUGUCAGUCAGAUCAGACAUUUGUGGGUGUAAGAGACGGAUAAACAAUCAGGUUGGUUUCCCACGAUUAUAAAUCAAACCCAGCAAUAAUCGGGUUGCUUACUAAGCAGCAGUGAGAAGGCCUGGACUGUUUGGAAGACAGCUCCGUUCUGCGCGGGGAGGUGCUGGUGUUGCGUCAGAGGCCUUGGGUUGAAUCCCGGCUCAGCUGCCUUCUACAUGGGUGACCUAGGACAAGCCACAGUCCCUCUGCGGGCCCAGUGUCCUCAUCUGUGCAGAGUCCCCCCGCCACCCCAGCUUCAGAUGGGCCGUAAUGAAGUUCAAGACGGGGGUGGGCGGGGUGCUGCCCGAGGGACAGAGGCCCAGCCGCACCUCCUCCCGUGUCAUCUGGCCUCCGGAGGAGCUUUGAGGGGAGCCAAUGAAGGAAGAGUUUGGAGGCGCAAAAGAGGUGGUGCCGCCGUGGGCGGGAGUAGGCUGGGGCGCCAGAGCCUGGGGAGAGGCUGGCCUGAGGUGGGUCGCAGCCAAGUGUAGGGCAGGAAGAUGAGGUGAGGCACUUAGCUCGUGGCCCAGCCCCCUGGGGGGGAGGUAAGGGUCACCCAGGAGCGGGCGGGGAGCCGCCGGCAAGUCUGACUCCUCGUGGCCUGUGGUGGGGGGCCCGGCCCCGCUUGCCCCUGCGCCUGCCGUGCUCUGCAGUCCCCAGAGCCCACCUCUCUUAGGACUCCGAGGCCCCUCCUCCAGUGCCUUCCCAGCCCGCGGCCGCUGCUGUGGACACGGAGGCCAUGCCUCCCCUCGCUGGGCCGGCUCGUGCGCGUGUCCUUUCUUCCCGGCCAGGCCAGGCCUCAGGUCACUGCCUGGAAUACGCUAGGCGCACGAUAAACGACUGUCAACUCUACAGGAAGAGAACACCCAUGAGGGGAAAGUAUGAUGAGGUGACCUCAGUCCCAAGAGACCGUCAGUCCUUUUACAACUACUUCACAAGCCCCAGCUUCCAGAGGAGCGUCAGUGUGUGAAGCGGCUGGUCAGCCAGCCGUUUGCUGGGCUCUGCAGGGUAAUCCCAGCUCCUCUGGGAGACCUGGUCUAGACGGGGUGGUCGGGCCGCUUACUGAGGCCGACACUCCGGCCUCCUUCCCUCGCUGAGUGAACCCGGCCUGCCUGCCUCUGAUGUGCCGGGCACGGCAUGGGGUGUGGUCCUGGGUCUGCAGGAGCUCCUGGCCCCACACCGGUCAGUGCCAGGCCGGUGGCGAGGGCCAGACGCUGUCCUGAGCGCCACAGCCUGUGCCUCCGCUGUGACGCCAGAGGCAGGACCAUCGUCCUUGCCUCACAGACGAGGCUCGGAAGUUAAGGACCUCGCCCCGGGUCACAGAGCAAGAACGAGAGGAGCGAACAGGUCCGGGAGGGGCCCCACGGAAAGCCUGGGGAGGGACAGCUGGGGCGUCAGGGGCAGCAGGAAGCAGGUCGUCAGGGCCUCGUGGGCCACACUAGGCACUUGACCUUGGUUGUGAGGGGGUGAGGAGCCUUGAAGGUCGUGGUGGCCAGACCUGCCUUCCAGAGUGUGCCGGCGAGUGGGGCUGGGUGGGGGCUGGCCUCACGGCAGGGGCCCACCCCAGCUUCUGCCUCCUGACCUUGGCCUGUGUGUUUCAGGGUGGCGUCCCCCGCCAGUGCCGGCACUCUCCACGCCCUGAGCCGCUACAGCCGCUACACGAGCAUCCUGGACCUGGACCGGAAGACCCUGCGCUGCCCCCUCUACAGAGGC